GUUUUUCUUCCCAAUUUCAAAUAAUAAAAAUAAAAUAAAAUAAAAAGUCAAACCCUUUUCUCUUUCCUUUCUCUUAUUUUCCUCCCUCUUUCACCUCUCCAACAACGCCAUUGAAACAAACCUUCCAAAACCAAAACAAUCCACAAUCAAUUAUCACAAAAACUCCCUAAUCUCACGUAAUUACCAAACCUAAUCACAUUCUAAUUAAAUAGUUAAACUAAUUAUGAAAUUAUCAUAACCGUUUCUGUAGCAACCUCCAAAAUGCCGACGGUAGCCGUGAAACUCUACAGCGUGUUCUUCAAGUUUCUGUUAAAACACCGUUUACAGAAUCGGAUUCAAACUCCGACCGAAGAAUCCGCCCCGUUCGGUAUAACUUCCCGACCCGACGAAUCUUUAGCUUCGCCUAAUCCUUCUUUCACCGAAGGCGUGGCCACCAAAGAUAUUCAUAUUGAUUCUUUCACUUCUCUUUCGGUUCGAAUCUUUCUCCCUGAAUCUGCAUUGUUGACUCCCGAACCUAAUUCCAAACCUAAACGAAAACCCGAACCUAAGGGACGUGAAACGACGUCGUCGCCGAGGGUUAAUAGGAGGAACAGUUAUGGUCCGGUUGGUGCUCCGGUGAAGGAGGAGGUGAGAAGGAAUAGUGUCGGCGGUGGUGAUGCGGAGGGUUUGAAUUUGAGUUCCGGUGGUGGUUAUGGUGGUUAUUCGCCGACGAUUGAUGAUAGGAAGAGGAAGUUGCCGGUGAUGGUGCAGUUUCAUGGAGGUGGUUGGGUGAGUGGGAGUAAUGAUUCGGUGGCGAAUGAUUAUUUUUGUAGGAGGAUUGCGAAGCUUUGUGAUGCGGUGGUUGUUGCGGUUGGUUAUCGGCUUGCGCCGGAGAGUCGGUAUCCGGCGGCUUUUGAGGAUGGAUUUAAGGUUUUGAGUUGGUUGGGGAAACAAGCGAAUUUGGCUGAGUGUAGUAGGUCGUUGGGGAUUAAGAAAUUGGAUGGUGGUCAUAGGCAUAUUGUUGAUUCUUUUGGUGCUUCUAUGGUUGAACCUUGGUUGGCUGCACAUGGAAAUCUAUCUAGGUGUGUGCUUCUUGGUGUGAGUUGUGGAGCAAAUAUUGCAAACUAUGUAGCUCAAAAAGCUGUAGAAACAGGCAAACUUCUGGACCCUGUCAAAGUGGUGGCACAGAUCCUGAUGUAUCCGUUCUUUGUCGGAAGUGUACCCACGCAUUCUGAAAUAAAGUUGGCAAACUCUUAUUUUUAUGACAAAGCUAUGUGUAUGCUGGCAUGGAAACUAUUCCUACCCGAGAAAGAAUUUAGCCUAGACCAUCCAGCAGCCAAUCCCCUAGUCCCAGGCCACGGACCUCCUUUAAAGCAGAUGCCUCCAACAUUAACAGUAGUGGCGGAACAUGACUGGAUGAGAGACCGUGCCAUAGCUUACUCAGAGGAGCUUAGGAAGGUGAAUGUUGAUGCACCGGUUCUUGAAUAUAAAGACGCAGUUCAUGAAUUUGCUACACUAGAUGUACUUCUCAGAAGCCCUCAAGCUCAGGUUUGUGCGGAGGACAUUGCCAUCUGGGUCAAGAAGUACAUUUCACUUCGAGGGCAUGAAUUCUCAUAUUGAGUAGGAUUUACCAGAUUAUGUAGAUUAUUAUGUCAAUGAUGAGUGAGAAAAUCUUUUCCCAGUUGUUGAUAUUAGCUUCAGGUCGCUCUUCUGCUGUCUAUUGUGAUAUAUUACUUGAUUUAUUUUGAUGCUUCAUUAGGCCGUGCCGUCAAUGUUGUUGACCGGUUCAAAAUAGUUAUUUGAAAGUCGGAUAAGUGGAACCUGUGAGAUGGAUGCACCUCAUGCACACCGCAUUCGGUAACCCUUGUUCGAUUCUUUCUUUUGUAUUAUAUUGUAAUAUUUCUCAUGAAAACAAUAUAAAAUUUUGUGCAUUAUUAUUUUGA